AUGUUGACUUAUAGAUAGGUUAUCUAUGCAUGUAGUUGUGGCGGCGGGGGUGUGCCACUAUGUAAGUACCAGUACCAUACCACUGAUAAAGAAAUGUUUUGGUUUUUAUUUUUAUCAGUGAUGUACAGUCUUUUUCAUGAAUAUUCCUAGAGCAAAAAUGAUUCUGAAAAUUACCUAUUGUUCGAUAAGUGCUUCGUUUAUUAAGUUUAGAAAAUACCUUCCAUAUUCACCAAUAACUUUAGUGUUCGUUGGUAACUAUUUCCCCUGAUAUUAGAACUUUUAUCACACCUCGGCGCAGGAACCACUGAAACAAAUGCUUCGAAGUCUCAAGUUUCAAAAGUUUUGACUUAUUCUACCGAAACAUCUUUUCAACGACUGGCUUUCUAGCGUUAUUUUGAAUGAAAUCCCUUCUCUAUGAAUCAUUUUGAUGAUUUUCCAAUUAAAUUGAAUUAUUAGAUCUAAUAUUUUGCAUACCGAAUCAGGAAUAGAAAAUGGCCAAAACCAGUUCUCGCGUUUACGAUCUUACUUAUCCGAGUCCUGUGACACUGAAAGAAAUUUCAGCUAUCGCAGUCGUUGCAGAAUUAUGGCGUGAAGAAAUCGCACAUACUGAUAUCAAGACUGCUCGGAAAGAAUUUGCUUCAGCGAAGGAUAUUCUGCUGAAAAAGAAAAUCCCCAAUGUUCCAUCGACGGUUUACGAUUUCCUAGUCAAAUACAUCGACAAGUUCAUAUCAUCAAUUGGGUACCGUCUAACGACUCAUUUUCACGAUUUUGUAUGGGACUGGAAUGGUGCUGUUCAUGAUGUUCGAACGGCCAAACGAAUGAUACUGUGUGAUCAGCUCACUGCUGAUCAGAAAUUCGGAAUUGCUUGUUCCUACUGCUUAGAAGAUGAUAUUAGACGACUUUGGCCACGUGUGAGCUCCAACUUCGAUAUAACCCAUAUGGAUUUUGAUAGUACUCCGCUACUGUACUACUGGAUUUGCUGUCUCAAAAACGAACUACACAAUGUACCCAAUCCUCGUGAUGAACCAAUCGAUGAGAGGAUGUUUUACAGUUGCGAAAUUCGACAUGAGGGCUUUUCUUCUCUCGAGUAUUUUUGGAAUCGUAUAUCCUACGAAUGGCGAUCGUAUGCAACCAUCACGAUGUCUAUGUACGAUCCCGGUUUAUUCGCUAGGUUCAUUUUACCUAGAUUAGACGAUUUCCAAUUGGAAACAUUUCUCGCUGAAAAAGGUGUUGAUUUCAUGUUUUCUUUGCUGAUCGAUAACUUUCGCAUAGUACCCAUACGCGUAGACAAAAUCCACGUUCUUCCUGCUUGGAUGUACAUUAGAACCAAAAUUAGCAAAAGUCAGUUCAUCGAAUUAAUUCAGAAAUUGCUGGAUGAAGACAUGAACAUAUUCAGCGAGAGUUACGAAGACGAAGUUUAUACUUGCUGCGAAGUAUGGGAAAAAUCUCCAGAGAAUUUCAAGCAAUGGGCAUUAAAUGCUGUAUUAUUUAAUAAAGAAUUGUUCAUAAGAAUGAGUACGCGGCCAGAUGACCCUAGACAAAUGAGAUUCCUAUUCACACUUCUGUUGGAUGCCAGUUUUGAACAAAGGCACAAAUUCUGGUGCGAAAAUUGGCGUAAUUUGAUCACCGGUGCUCGUGUCGAAGACCUAAGGAAAGUAAUGAAGUUAUGUUUCUGUGACGAAAACGAUAUAAGCUCAUUCAAAGAGCAAUACAUGUCUAAAUACGAAAAUAUCGGUCCAUAUUGCGUCAGAGCGCUAAAAAAAGGAUGUUUCGAGGAAUUGAGCAAGUUUUUGUAUUUUUGUUAUUCUGACAAGCAAAAAGCAAGAGAGCUGAAACAACAAUUGUUGAGGUCAAAUUUUCUCGGAGAAAAUUCUAUUCUGCGUUCUGAUAUUAUCCAUUCUUAUCAUAAACAGUUGAAUGCGUUCAUCGAAGAUGCUUUUGAGGAUGUCGAUCUUUGUGCUGAAUUCAAAAAUCAAUUCGUUUCAUCGCCUGCAACUAAAGAGUGUUUAUUGACGUGUAUUCGUUCAAACGACUUUAGUUGUCUGAAACAGUUAGUUGAAGCAUUCUUACCGGAAGAACUGCUCACUAAAGCGUGCUCACCACGGUGGCAGGAAAUACUUUGAACUGGUACCUACCAGUUUCAAUACUCGUUAUAUAGAAAUUACGUGUGAUCUUUCAUAAAUUACAUGAAGUAUCUUAUUAAAAAUUAAUAUUAUUAUUGACGUGCAGUACUACUAUUUAUUUUGUUUUUAUCAAGUUUGUAAUGAUGAUUUUAUUAUUUUAGUUUAUUAUUCGUAAGGUAUUAAACCCGUUCAGUUUUUGA